AUGUUGGUUAUAUACGCUACACAAAGAACCGUAAGCAAAUACAUGUACGAGGAUUGUCCACUCGCUAGACAAGCCGCUGGUGCUAUUUGUUUUAAUGGUCAUGCAAACAAGUACACAGGUACAAAUAUUCCUAUGCAGAAGUGCUUGAAAACACCAACUACGGCUUUAUUUGACCCCGGUGUGUAUAAUAUUACAUGGGAGUCAUUGUCUGAUUUACGAAAAGAUGACUUACUUGCGUUGGAGCUAAAGAGGCAAAAGAAGGGAGCGUCUUCUACUGUAGGUUGUAUUGUCUCAAUGAAACCGCAUAACUAUUCUGUUUCCCAAUAUAUAAAGUCAAGAGAAGUCUCUGAUAAUGUUAAAACAGACGCGGUCAAUGAAGAACUUACACCGUUUGUUCUGGAAGGGUAUGUGUCUUUGAAUGAGAAUUCAGAAGAAAUACCAAUUAAAGUUGAUAAGGGCAACAGCGACUGCCAAAGAAAAUAUGUCAAAGGUCAAAAAAAGAUAAACUAUUGGUAUGACAGAAAUGCCAGGUUGAGAGACUUUAAACCAGGUGAUAAAGUUUUGGUACUCUUUCCAAUGUCAGGACAUGCACUUCAGGCCCGAUAUCAUGGACCUUAUGUGAUUGAAUCCAAACUUAGUGAUUUAAAUUACUUUGUUAAAACACCUAAUAGUUGGUUCUGUGAAUCAUUGUGUACUGGUGUGAUUAUAGAAGAACGUAAUAGGCAGAAUGAGCUGCAGAAUAACGAUACAAGAGAAUAUCAUUCUGGAAAAACGACAUUCAUGUCUGCAUUUGGCUCAUUCAAAUCGAAGAAGAUAGCUAUUGGUGCCGGGGUUGCAAUAGCAGGUGUCGUCACCAUCGUAGCCUUGGGUCUUGGUUUAGGACUUGAUGCUGGAAAUGAAAGUGUCAAUAUUAAUGGAACAACCAACGCGAUUCGACACUGUCCUUGUGAGCAGGUAUGUGCCAUGCGUGGAAAUAACUACACGUGUUCAUGUAAAGAUGGAUAUGGGCUGGACAAUGAUGGAAUACAUUGUUUGGAGAACACCUUUAAUACAAACAAAACACACACGACAAUGCAAAGAACACUCAUAUCUCACACACAACAGCCAAGUGUAAUAACAACAGAAACUACUCAGUAUCGAAACACUGCACACCAAACUGACAUGCAUAAAACCACAUUGUCUCAGCCUUGGCUCACUACUCCGCAGACUGGUAAGCCGAGUACCAUCAUGUCUCAAACUCCUUUUUCAAGUAUAUCUAUACACCAAACUGACAUGACUAAGACUACAAUGCCUAGACGAACUAAUCCAAGAAGUACAAUCCCUCAGAUUUUUCAGUCUAGUACCAUGACCAAAACAACUUUAACGAAUAUACCUCUUCAUCGCACUGAUAUGCCCGAAACCACAAUGCCCAAGUUGACUAGUCCGUGGUUUACCACUCAACCUAGUACUAUCAUGCCUCAAACAUCUCUUCCCAGUAUAACAAUACAGCAAACUAGCAUGGCAGAAACUACGACUCCCAAGAUAUCACAUACGUGGCUUACCACUCCAAUGACUACUCAUCCAAGUACCUUCACUCCCCUAACAUCUCCAACGAGUAUGCAUGUACAACAAACUGACAUAGCUGAAACCACAAUGCCGAAAACGACAAACCUUCAAACAGCCUGGUCUACCUUGCAAACAACUCAACCCAGUUUAACGGCGCUGAGCACAGAGCAGGCAAGUUCUACUUCUAGAACACCACUUACCCGCAUCACCGAACAAAACAAGGAGCCGAAUACAUCGUCAACACCCAUUCAAUUGACAAUGACUACUUGGCCAAACACACUUGUUCCCCAAACACAACCCGGUACUAAUCCAUCCGAAGCGGCUAGUACGAUUCUUCGAACAACACCAAAGAGUAUAACCAAAGACGGGACUAGUUUGCUGACAGGCAGUAAUGAAAGAUCCUCUGCAUAUUCUACAAGCAUAUUGCCACAAACAACUACAUUUUGGACUUUCUUUUCUCGAAUAACUACACCUGACACAUCGACACCAUAUGGGACUAAGAUAAGUAGCACUGGCUUAUACGAAACUACUGAGGGCGUUACCGAGUCUGUCACUACAGACGAAUUGGACCUCACAACAGUUGCCACUUGUCCGUGCGAACACAUGUGUGAUCGAAUCGAUGAUAAUUGGGUGUGUUCAUGUCGUAGUGGUUAUGAAUUGACUGAGAAUCUUGUAAAUUGUACAGAUGUUGAUGAGUGUGCCACGGGUAACGCUACCUGCGAACAAAAUUGUACGAACACAGUGGGGUCCUACUAUUGUUAUUGCCAAGAAGGUAUGAUUGUCCAGGAUGACAAUUCGUCGUGUAACUAUGACUACGACGAGGUACUGAGAAAGUCACUGUUGUUUUACGAAGCUCAGCGUUCCGGCGUACUGCCAGAUAACAACCGCAUUCCGUGGAGAGGGGACAGUGCCGUCAAUGAUUCUACACCUGACGGGAAAGACUUGAGCGGUGGUUACUAUGACGGUAAGGUUGGAUCAGUGAAUGGAGAUCAUGGUUAUUGGGGACGCGCUGAAGACAUGACAAUGGAUAGGCCUGCAUAUAAAGUAGAUGAAGACAAUCCAGGGUCCGAUGUUGUUGGCGGAACAGCCGCUGCAAUGGCAGCUAUUGCCUUUGUUUUCAAGGACAGGGAUGCAAACUAUUCUGCGACAUUGGUAGAUCAUGCAAGAGAGCUAUUCACUUUUGCCGACGACUUCAGAGAGAAAUAUUCUGUCAGUAUACCCAUGGCUGCUAAAGUAUAUGACUCCACCGGAUAUAUGGACGAGAUUAUUUGGGCUGCGUGCUGGCUGUAUAAAGCUACAAACGAAAUAUCAUACCUCGACCGAGCAAUACUCCUGUUUAACGGCGAAUCAUUCUUGAAACCGUAUGCAUUUGGUUGGAAUGAUGUAACGGUGGGAUAUAGGGCAAUGUUGUUGCAGUUGACUCAAAAUACCGAUCGACAUGAUGCUAGUUUCAAACUUGGCGUAACUGCAAAAUUUCUAACUGAAUGGUUGCCGGGAGGUAGCAUGCCGUAUACACCAAAAGGUCUGGUGUUCCGCGACAACUGGGGAUCGCUGAGAUAUGCAACCGCGUCAGCAUUUAUUGCACUGACAACUGCCGAAGCUGGAGUGAAAACAACGGCUUAUAGAAACUGGGCGAAGUCUCAAGUUGAUUAUGUAUUAGGCUAUACCGGAAGGAGUUUUGUAGUAGGAUAUGGUGUGAAUCCACCAGUCCAACCACACCACAGAGGAUCUUCCUGCCCCGACGAGCCAGCGCCCUGCGGGGCUGGAUAUCUGGGUUUGGCAGCACCGAAUCCGCAAGUACUGUACGGCGCAAUGGUUGGUGGACCGGGUGCCAAUGACAACUACAAGGACUCCAGAAAAGAUUAUUUCAAAAAUGAAGUAUCGUUGGAUUUCAAUGCCGGAUUUCAGUCAGUCGUGGCAGAAAUUAGCUAG